AUGGGCUGCUCGAACUCGAAGAGCACGCCAGUCGUAGACGAGAGCAAGGUGCCGGCGAAGAGCAACAAAAUGGAGGCAAUGAACAGCUCUAAGCAGGAGUACCCGGCCUCAGAGGCAUUCACAAUACCUCUGGAUAACGACGAUGACAAAGCAGUGGCCCCCCAACUGAACGAGACUUUGCGGGAGCCACCCAAGCGCAUCCAGGAGCUUAUGCGACAGGCGGCCAGUACGGAGCCUCUGACCCUGGACGAGCUGGAGGAGAAGCAGCAACGCGCCGAACAAAGGCGCCAGGAACUGAUGCAACAAAAGCUCGAAACCAUACAGAAAAACACGCAAAUGCUAAUGCGCGGACACGAACGAGAUGCCUCGAGAGAAGGAAUGGAUAAAGAGGAGGAGGAGGAGAUGAGACCGAGUCCCCCACAAUAA